GGCCUUAGAACAGGAAGUGCUAGUAAAACAGGCUGAGCUAGCCAGCUAGUUUUAGUCAGGUAGGUUAGCUUGCCAUUUACUCAAUAGACACAAUGGGGCUGUUCGGCAGAACACCGGAGAAAGACCCCAAAGAGCUGAUCUCUGAGUGGUCUAAAAAAAUCAGGAGGGAAAUGAGAGUGAUUGACAGACAAAUUCGAGAUAUUCAAAGGGAACAAGACAAAGUUAAGAGAUCCAUUAAAGAUGCCGCCAAAAAGGGCCAAAAGGACGUGUGUGUUGUUCUUGCAAAGGAGAUGAUUCAGUCAAAACGAGCUAUCACAAAACUUUACGCCUCCAAAGCUCACAUGAACUCUGCCCUCCUCAGCAUGAAGAAUCAGGCGGCUGUUGUCCGUGUAGCUGGAGCCUUGCAGAAGAGCACAGAGGUGAUGAAAGCCAUGCAGAACCUAGUGAAAAUCCCAGAGAUCCAGGCCAACAUGAGGGAACUAUCAAAGGAGAUGAUGAAGGCUGGCAUCAUUGAGGAGAUGCUGGAAGACACAUUUGAGAGCAUGGAAGAUGGAGAAGAGAUGGAGGAAGCAGCAGAGGAGGAGGUUGACAAGAUCCUCUUUGAGAUCACAGCAGGGGCACUUGGCAAAGCACCGAGCAAAGUCACAGAUGCCCUGCCUGAAAUGGAGCCCCCUGGAGCGGCUGCGGCUUCAGACGAAGAGUCAGAGGAGGAUAUUGAAGAGAUGCAGUCAAGAUUGGCAGCUCUGAGAAGCUAAGGUGAACUGCCACUGUUCUGUCGAAGUCAGCUUGCUCACUCCAAUAAGGACAAUUCUGGUGCGGAUUUUGCAGUACAGAGCAUCCUCUCUGCUUCAUAUUAUAGUUCUUAUUUCACAUAAUCAUUUGAGGGUUAACUUUGUGCAGUUAAUGUCUUUUUAAAAAAGUUUUUUUUCAUAGAACUUUUGAUCUACUCAGCCAGAAGAAAAUGUGUUUCUUGCUUUUUGUCUUUAAUUAUCGGGGGUAACCCUCGGUAAGUCUUUAUUAUCCAAAGUCAAACAGAAGGUUUAAGAAAGUGUAUAUAAUGUAAGUAUGAAAAGCCUGCUGUGCCUACAGUGCGUCAUCAUAUUCUUCUGUCCUAAGUUAUGGACUGGUGGUGGAGGUACUUGGGUAUUUAUGAUCCAAAAAAGUGAUUAAGGAACUGUUGAUGGAAGCCACCCUGCACUUAAAUCGCAUCCUAGAUCACUAUUUAGCAAUUGCUCUAAUCUGUAGGAUGCAUUUUGUUAGCUACAGCUGUUCUGUUUACUGGUAACCAGCCCACACUAUCUAACUGACACUAGAGACGAUGGGUGGAUUUCUCCUUUUGAUAGUUGUUUUUUUUCUGUACAGUCAACAUGUAUCUGUUCUAUAUGUGGUCAUACAUGUAAAGUACACUCAUGAGCGAAAAAAAAAUGCACGCAUACUACCCUAACCUAUUAUUUGCAUUAACAUUAA